AUGUCGUUGUUUUUCACACCCAACAAGAUCAUCUGGGGCAGCAAAAAUCUCAAAAUGCCUCACAGUGGUAACAUAACUAUCAACAAAACCGCAAUGGACAACGAGACUCUAGCAUUGUUUCAGAACAAACAGGCCAGAGAACUGAUCUCAGCUAUCUACGUGCUGGUGACACUGGUCAACCUUACAGGGAAUGGGAUCUCCAUGUACCUGUUGUUGUUUCGCACCACACCAAAGACUCCGUCCAUCAUCUUCAUGAUCAAUCUGACCAUCACAGAUCUGGCCUUAGGCUGUGUGCUUCCCUUUCAGAUUAACUAUCUACUAAAUGGAUAUAACUGGACUUUGGGUGUCACUAUGUGCAACAUACUGACUGUGGUCUUCUUUGCAAACAUGUAUUGUUCCAUCUUGACCAUGACUGCCAUCAGCAUGGAGCGUUACCUGGGCAUUGUCAAACCCAUGCGCUUCAGAGAACUGAGGAAGAAGAGCUGGUUUGCAAUGGUUGCCUGUGCAUUGAUGUGGAUCUUGGUCCUGGUGGUUUUGUACCCACUGGAAACAACAGACUUGACGUAUGUUGUGUCAGAGCUAGGAAUCACCACCUGCUUUGACGUCCUCAAGAAAGAUAUGCUCCCAUCAAAGACCCACUGGUUGCUCUUCCUCUUUGGCAUGUUUGUUAUUCUGUUCCUUUGCCCGCUAAUUAUAACUGUGUAUUGCUAUGCCAACAUUAUAUAUGUCUUGGUCAAAAACCCCAAUAGUAAUCAGAAAGGACGAGCUAUACGACUUGCCUUCACUGUCCUGUUUGUAUUCGUUGUCUUUUUUUCCCCAAAUAACAUAUUGCUUUUGGCCCAUACAAUCACAAGGGUAUUCUACGAGAAAUCUCUCUACAUGGCCUAUAAGUUGUCUCUCUCACUCAGUUGUAUAAACAGUUGCCUGGAUCCAUUUAUCUACUAUUUUGCGUCCAAAGAGUUUCGACGAAAACUGAGACAGAUGUUGAGGCUGCAAACCCUUAGCAGUGGAGACUAUCAAACCAACGACCCAAACAGAGAGAGCUUGUACUCUCGUUCCGCAACCAACACCAAUGGGGAAGGUGGGAGCGUAAAAGACAGAAAACGAUGCGACUCUUACAUGUAA